AUGAAGUCCGAUUUUAAAUUCUCGAACCUUUUAGGUACGGUCUACAGGCAAGGUAACUUAACCUUUUCGGAUGACGGUAAGCAACUGAUUUCGCCAGUUGGGAACAGGGUCAGUGUGUUUGACUUAAUCAACAACAAAUCGUUCACGUUUGAAUACGAGCAUAGGAAAAAUAUUGCCGCCAUUGACUUGAACAAGCAGGGCACACUGUUGAUUUCUAUUGACGAGGACGGUCGCGCCAUCCUCGUCAAUUUCAAAGCUCGCAACGUUCUUCAUCAUUUCAAUUUCAAAGAAAGAUGCUCCGCUGUGAAGUUCAGUCCUGAUGGGAGGCUCUUCGCAUUGGCAUCGGGCAGGUUUUUACAGAUUUGGAAGACACCAGAUGUCAACAGGGACAGACAGUUCGCCCCCUUUGUCCGUUAUAGAGUGCAUGCGGGACACUUCCAAGAUAUAACGUCUUUAACAUGGUCACAGGACUCCAGGUUCAUUCUCACCACUUCCAAAGACUUAAGCGCAAAGAUAUGGUCUGUAGAUUCUGAGGAGAAGAGCCUUGCAGCGACUACAUUCAACGGCCACAGAGACUAUGUUAUGGGUGCGUUCUUCAGCCACGACCAGGAAAAAAUCUAUACAGUAAGCAAAGACGGUGCUGUCUUUGUUUGGGAAUUUACCAAGAGAUCCACCAAUGAUGACGAAAGUGAAGAUGACGACGAGGAAGAGGAAGUAGACAUUUCUAAAUACAGUUGGAGAAUUACAAGUAAGCAUUUUUUUUAUGCAAACCAAUCCAAAGUAAAAUGUGUCACAUUUCAUCCAGCGACAAGACUGUUAGCAGUCGGGUUCACUACCGGGGAAUUUCGUCUUUACGAUAUGCCUGAUUUCACGCUGAUUCAACAACUUUCUAUGGGACAAAACCCUGUUAACACCGUUAGUGUCAACAACACCGGUGAAUGGCUAGCGUUUGGUUCCAGCAAAUUGGGCCAACUACUGGUUUACGAAUGGCAAUCAGAAUCAUACAUCUUGAAACAGCAGGGCCAUUUCGAUUCUACUAACAGUCUUGCAUACUCUCCAGACGGUUCACGUGUGGUGACGGCAUCCGAUGACGGGAAGAUCAAGGUCUGGGACAUAACAUCAGGUUUUUGUUUGGCCACUUUCGAGGAACACACCUCUUCAGUGACCGCUGUGCAAUUUGCCAAAAGGGGCCAAGUCAUGUUUUCAUCAUCGUUGGAUGGUACUGUAAGGGCCUGGGACUUAAUCAGAUAUCGAAAUUUCAGAACGUUUACCGGUACUGAAAGGAUUCAAUUCAAUUGUUUGGCGGUGGAUCCCUCAGGUGAAGUCGUUUGUGCUGGGUCCCUGGAUAAUUUUGACAUACAUGUUUGGUCCGUACAAACCGGUCAAUUAUUGGAUGCUUUGUCUGGCCAUGAGGGUCCCGUUUCGUGUCUUUCAUUUAGUCAAGAAAACAGCGUUUUGGCUUCUGCAUCAUGGGAUAAAACAAUCAGAAUUUGGUCCAUAUUUGGUAGGAGCCAACAAGUGGAACCCUUGGAAGUCUACUCCGAUGUCUUGGCGUUGUCAAUGAGACCAGAUGGGAAAGAAGUGGCAGUUUCUACUUUAAAAGGUCAAAUUUCCAUAUUCAACAUAGAAGAUGCCAAGCAAGUGGGUAACAUUGACUGUAGAAAGGAUAUAAUCUCUGGUAGAUUUAAUGAAGAUAGAUUCACAGCGAAAAAUUCCGAACGUUCCAAGUUUUUCACCACAAUCCAUUACAGUUUUGACGGUAUGGCCAUUGUGGCUGGUGGUAAUAAUAAUUCCAUUUGUUUAUAUGAUGUUCCAAACGAAGUUUUAUUGAAAAGAUUCAUUGUAUCCAGAAAUAUGGCACUCAAUGGUACUUUGGAAUUUUUGAACAGUAAGAAGAUGACUGAAGCAGGCUCAUUGGAUUUAAUCGACGAUGCAGGGGAAAAUUCAGAUUUGGAAGAUCGUAUUGAUAAUUCUCUACCAGGUUCUCAAAGAGGCGGCGAUCUGUCAACUAGGAAGAUGAGGCCUGAGGUGAGAGUUACUUCAGUCGAGUUCUCACCAACAGCGAAUGCUUUUGCCGCUGCUUCAACAGAAGGCUUGUUGAUAUAUUCUACCAAUGACACGAUAUUAUUCGACCCAUUUGAUCUUGAUGUGGACGUUACUCCUCGUGCCGCAGUAGAUGCACUACGGGAAAAGCAGUAUCUGAAUGCUUUAAUAAUGGCAUUCAGAUUAAAUGAAGAAUAUUUGAUCAACAAAGUUUAUGAAUCCAUACCUGUUAAAGAAAUUCCUUUGGUUGCGAGUAAUGUUCCUGUAGUAUAUUUGCCGAGGAUCCUGAAAUUCAUUGGCGAUUUUGCUAUUGAGUCCCAACACAUCGAGUUUAAUUUAAUUUGGAUUAAAGCUUUGUUAUCUGCAAGUGGUGAUUACAUAAACGAACACAAAUAUCUUUUUUCGACGGCUAUGAGGUCAAUACAGAGAUUUAUUGCUAGAGUGGCUAAGGAUGUGGUCAACACUACGACUGAUAAUAAAUACGCCUAUAGAUUCUUGAUCUCAACUGAUGGGUCCAUGAAUGAUGGCGAAGUUGAUGAUGGCGAAGCACUAUUAGAAGACGACAGAGAAGAAGAUAAAGAUGAAGCAGAUAAAGAAGAAGACGAUGUGGUAAUGGAGGAAUCUGACGACGAAGGGGGAUGGAUUGGUUUCAAUGGGAAAGAUAACAAAUUACAGUUGUCUAAUGAAAAUGAUUCCAGCGACGAAGAGCAAGAUCAGAAAGAACUUCUCUAA